AAAAAUUAGUUUAAUUUGACACCAACUCUAUUCGACACCUCACUGACUCUCUCUCUCUCUCUCUCUCUCUCAAAACCCUCAAGAUUCUAAGCUUCCAAUUCUCAGAAACCCCAAGAAAGGUACGCUUUCUUUUGCUCUCUUUGUAAACUUCAAUUGAGUGGUUUUAUUUUCUUGGUGCUUGAUUUUUCCCCCAAAUUUCUUGAUUUAUGUGGAUGUGUACUUUUUGGUUAUUUGGGUUUUAGGCAAAUCUAGGUAUAUGGGUGUAAAAGGUAAAAUUUCUUCUGAUAAAGUUGAGAUUUUUACUCAGUUACUGUGGGCAUGGAAGAGCUCGAUGAUGUGGUAACAAGCACUAGUGUUUCAGAGUCUACGGUGAGUGUUACUGUGCAUAAAGAAGAUAAAACCCUAAUGGAAGAUUCGGGUUGUGAGGGUCAGAUUGAGAGGCCUUUAGGUGGGGGAGAUGGAGGGGAAAUAAUGGUAGAGGUGGUGGGUUCUGAUGUGUUUGUUGAUGGUGUUGGUGGUCCUGGUGAUGAUGGGGAUUUUGGCGGCAAAGUGGGAGAUGAUGGGUUAGAGAAAAAGGAGUUGGAGAGAGAAGUAGGAGGUUUUGAUGGUGGGGAUAGUGGAAUUGGUAAUUUGGUGCCCCAGAAAGCUGGGGAUUCGGGUGGUCAAGUGUGGGAUGGUAGACCUGAAAUUGGAAGUGGCGGAUUGCAGGAGAUUCCAGGGUUGUCAGGUGAACAGGCCCAUGAUGUUGAUUCAGAGGAAGUUGGGGUGGUUGCGGUAUUAUCGAGUGGACAAACCCAACUUGCUGUUGAAGAGAAAACCAUGGACAGGGUAAGCGAGGAUUCAAUGCUGGGGGGACAUGCAAGCGGACAAACCCAGGCAGUUGUGGAGAAAGCUACUGUGAUGUUCGAAGAAGAGGAUAUGAAUUGCAAAGACCAAGUGGGGGGAGAUGAUGUCAUGGAGGCGAUUUUACCUUCUUCAGAAAAUGAUCAAAGUUCAGAGGUUGCUAGGGGUCAUGUGGGGACUGACAAAGACGGUACUGUACAUGCAGAUGCUGGAUUUUUGGAUCAGCAAACUAUUGGUGCUGUUGAGGGGGAAAGUGGUGAAAUGAAUGGAGAAGGGAUUUCUGAUUCAACAGUAGAAGUUCAGAAACCUAAUUAUGUACCUGAUCAAACCAUGUCGUGUUCUGUAGAGGAUCAGCAGAUGAAGGAGGAAACAGCUGGUAAGAAAACUGUAAAUCAUGGUAACUUGGAUGUGGAUUCACAAUUGUCCCCUGAUGUUGCUGUAUGCGGAGAACCAGAUCCUUCUAAUGUACAAUCCCUAAUAAGUAAUGACAAUGAACUCAGUGCAACAGAUAGUAAGACCUCAAGUUCUAAACAGGAUGUUUCCACUACUGAUGACAAGGGUGGGUUUGCAUCUUGUUCAACAGAUUUGCCGAAGGUGAAUUUUGUGACAACAUGUGAAAGUGCUGGAAAGGAUGCUGUUGUUCUUGAAGCUCCAGAAUCCCCACAUCAAAAAGUUUGUGUUGCUGGAAGAGGGGAAGAUGGUGCUGUACAUGCAGUUGAUGGGUUUUUGGAUCAGCAAACCAUUGGUGCUGUUGAGGGGGAAGGUGGGGUAAUGCAUGGAGAAGUGAUUUCUGAUUCAACAGUAGAAGUUCUGAAACCUGAUCAAACCAUGCUGUGUUCUGUAGAGGAUCAGCAGAUGAAGGAUGAAAUGGCUGGUGAGAAAACUGUAAAUCAUGGUAACUUGGAUGUGGAUUCACAACUGUCCCCUGAUGUUACUGUAUGCGGAGAACCAGAUCCUUCUAAUGUACAAUCCCUAAAAAGUAAUGACAUUGAACUCAGAGGGACAGAUAGUAAGACCUCAAGUUCUAAACUGGAUGUUUCCACUACUGAUGACAUGGGUGGGAUUUUAUCUUGUUCGUCAGAUUUGCCAAAGGUGGAGUUUGUUACAACAUGUGAAAGUGCUCGAAAGGAUGUUGUUGUACUUGAAGCUCCAGAAUCCUCACAUCAAAAAGUUUGUGUUGCUGGAAGAGGGGAAGAUGUUGGAAUGGACAUCGAGGAGGUAGUUGAGUUCAGAGAUGAAGCACCAGGGCUUGAUGCUUUGGAUGGAAAUUUAAGUUGUUCAGCGAAAGAUCAACAUUUGAUGGUGGAAGAGUCUGAUGGGAGAUCUGAAAAUGAUGUGGCACAUGGACGUUUCGAAUUUUCUGGUAAAUUGACCAGAACUGUUGAUACUGGUGUCAUUGCAGCUAUGGACAAAGGGGUUGUCUCCAAGUUUGAAGUAGAAACUGAAAUGAAGGAUGGUCAGGCUAUAUUUGAUAAGCUUGAUUCUUUGAAUGGGGAUUUACAUAUCGCAGAAGAUGAGAGCUUUGUACAACUAGAUUCAGGAACAUCCGUGAUGGUUGCUGAAGGGGAGACACCAGCGAUAGUUGAGAAGAAUGUCUCAAACUCCAAAAUGGAAUUUCCAGAUGGGGAUACGUGUUUGCAGAGAGAGGAGAAGUUAAAUCCAUUGACAUUGGGUGGAAGCACAGAAAAGGUUGAGGUUGCACAGGCAAAUGCAUCAUCAGCAAGUGAACAGACUGCAGGUGGGAUUCAAGUGAAAUUUUCAGCAAUUGAGUGCCAGGAGAUUAGCGGAGCUCCAGCAUCUGACGCUGUGGAUGACAAUAUUUCUCUUUCUGGAAAAGAAAAAGAUGUUGACACAGUGGAUGGGUACAAAAAAGAUGAUAUAGUUGGGAAAGAUAUUCCUCUAGGCACUGAAGUUGGGGGUCCUGGUCCUUCGAUUUUAGGAAUAAAUUCAGAUAGUCUUCAAGAAAAUAUAUACAUUCAAGAUGAGAAACAGGAGGCAGUUGCCCAGCUAGCUGAAACACAUAUUCAUGAAGUAGAUCAGGAUCAGAUAAUGGACUCACUAGUUAUUGGUGAGAUUUCGAAUCAAGAGACUUACAGAGCGAUACUUUCCGACACAGUUGGUGAGGCUGCUGCUGGAUCUCAAGCUGCACCUAACUUUGUUUCUUUUGAAGGUGAAGGUGACCCUGUCUCUGCCUCUGUUUCUGACUUUUCCAUUCCCGUGCCAGAUGGAAUUCAAACUUCAGAAGUUUAUGAAGGAAGUGCCAAAACAUCUCACUUAGAUGGGGAUCAAGGCACAGACACUCAUGUUUCUGACAUGGUAACUUCUCAUGAGUUGGUGAGUAAGACCAUUGAAGCAAAAGUUGAAUCCUACAAGACAGAUGACAAUCAUAUGAUGCACCAUCAAGAUUCUGAAGAAAAGGUUUCAAAUGCAGGUCAGGAAGAAGUAGAUAAACAGUAUCCUGAUGGCGAGGAGGUUGAUUCGCAUAGAGAGCAAACAAUAGAAAUUGAAGAACAUACUAAUGAAACUGACCAGUCAAAUGAAUUGAAACUGACAACUUUGGAGCCUGGAAUAUCUGUAAGAGAGCAUCAAUUUAAUUAUCUGCUGCCACCAGAAAAUGAAGGUGAAUUUUCUGUAUCUGAUUUAGUCUGGGGUAAAGUCAGGAGCCAUCCCUGGUGGCCUGGACAGAUCUUUGAUCCAGUAGAAGCAUCAGAGAAGGCCAUCAAAUAUCAAAAAAAGGACUGUUUUUUGGUAGCAUAUUUCGGGGAUCGAACUUUUGCCUGGAAUGAUGCAACUCUCCUGAAGCCAUUUCGGUCACAUUUCUCCCAGAUAGAGAAGCAGAGUAGUUCAGAAGCAUUUCACAACGCAGUUAGCUGCGCUUUGGAAGAAGUUUCUAGACGGGUAGAGUUGGGGCUGGCUUGCUCUUGCAUACCACGAGAUGCUAAUGAUAAGAUUGAAUCUCAGAUAGUUGAGAACACUGGGAUCCGUCAAGAAUCAUGUAGAAGAUCUGGUGUGGACAAAUCGACUGGAGUGAGUUUCUUCGAACCAGAUAAAUUGGUGGAGUAUACAAGAGCUUUAGCACAGUCCCCUUUUGGUGGGGUUGAUCAGCUAGAGCUUGUGAUUGCUAAGGCUCAGUUGUCAGCCUUUUGUCAUUUUAAAGGUUAUCAUCAGCUGUCUGAAUACCAGUUUUGUGCAGGGUUGGUGGAAAGUGAUGCCGAUGCUCCACAGUUGCGUGAAGUUGUUGAGCAUGCUAUUUCUGUUUUUGAGGAAGGUGAACAAAUUCUCUCCAGCAAGGGGAAGCUGGAAAGCGAAAAUGAAUCUUCCCAUAAACAUGAACACGAUUUGAAAGAUGAUAUUUACCCCAGGAAGAAAGAGAGAAGCUUGUCAGAACUAAUGGGUGAUAUGACAUAUUCUCUGGAUGGUGAAGAUGGCCCUGAUGGAAAACUUACGAGUAACUUGGUUUCACCUUCUGGCAGAAAAAGGAAGGCUGUUGAUUCCGUUAGUGAUGGAUCAGAUAAAAGAGUAAGUAUUCAUGCUGCAAAAGUGUCGACUGCUUCAUCUCCAGUACCUAAGCCAUCCUUUAAGGUAGGUGAAUGCAUCCGUAGAGUAGCAAGUCAAUUGACUGGGUCACCGUCAAUUCUUAAGUCUAACAGUGACCAACCGGGGGUUGAUGUUUCACCGCAGACCCCUGAGAACUUCCAAAGAGCAAUCAUUUCAGCAGAGUGCUCAUCUCUUGAUGAGAUGCUAUCACAACUUCAAUUGUCGGCACGGGAUCCCAUGAAAGGAUACAGUUUCUUGACUACCAUUAUUACUUUCUUCUCAGGUUUUAGAAAUUCAGUUGUUUUGAGACAACAGUAUUCUGAAAGGAAGAAUUCAUCAACAGGAAGACCAGGCAGUGGAAGGAAGAGAAAGACCUCCCAGGCUGUUGGUGGGUCUCCUGAAGAAUUUGACUUUGAUGAUGUGAAUGACUCUUAUUGGACAGACAGGAUCAUCCAAAACCAUUCAGAUGAGCAACUUUUGCACAACGGCGACAAUGAACGAGGAGAACAUCAGCUAGUAGCUUUUGAGCCAGAUAAGUCCCUGAAAUCAGGGCGUCGGCCACACUCUAGAAAGCGAUAUUCCACUGCAAAUGAUGAAAUGGCAGCAGAGGAACCAACUGAGGAUAUUGAUGAGAAGAAGCGAGCUUUGUCGCCUGCCGAACUUAUAAUGAACUUUGCUGAGGGAAAUCCCGCUCCAUCAUUAAUGAACCUGAAUAAAACCUUCAGACGAUUUGGGCCGUUGAUGGAAUCUGAAACUGAAGUUGAUAGGGAGACUGGACGUGCCAGAGUGGUCUUUAAGAGGGGUUCUGAUGCAGAAGUUGCUUUCAGUAGUGCUGGAAAGUUCAGCAUUUUUGGGCCAGUGCUUGUUAAUUACCAGCUCAGCUAUUCUCCAUCAAUCGCAUAUAAACCUUUGCCCCUUGCAAUAUCAGAAGGCCAGGAAGAUGCAACUUGAUGUCUCUUAUCUGGAAAUCAUUCUGUUUUCAUAGUUUCACUUGAGAGGGCCAGAUGGAAUGGUGAACUAUGAAGUCAUGGCAACAUGCUUAUUGGAACGGGCUGCUGAAAGGAGAAGGUAACCAGACUCUUGCUAAGGCCAAUUUGUUCAGUUCUCUUUACCGUUUUGUGUUUAUGCAAGAUGCAUGUUGUCACACUUCCUUUACUCCAAAAUCUCACAUGUUUCUCUUAGUGGAUGUUUCCACUUUUAACUGGCCAUGCGUUAAUUUCUAUCCUUGACGAUAGUGAAUUCCUGAUCAAUUGUGGAAUCAUUAUACCUAUUUUUCACUUGUAAAUGUUCAAUUAUGAAUAUUGCUCUGUGCGUUAAAACCAUCAUUAAUGAUUAUGCUUCUAGAGUUCAGCUAAGAAUCUAAAGCAUCGUUUGAACUUCUGCGUGGCAUUAAAUUAAUGCUUGUGGGGUUUGUUCUAAAUCUUUCCGUGUGAUAUAUAUUUAAUCCCUUCAGAUGACAAAAUUAAUAUACAAAGCUAUAUAAAUCAUAUGUUCUCUCUAGUCCUGCAUGGUAAGUCUCGUUUACAUUUUAUUGCUUCAACUAUUUACACCCAUACAAAGAAAUAUGUUGAAAGAUACAGUUUAGAAAAUUGACUGUUAAUUGGAUGUUUGCAGGAAGUUGAGCUUGAUGAUCCAUGAAUUAAUAGUCUUCUGUAGAAAAUGUCUAUCGUUAAUUUCCAUCCAAUAGAAUGGAGAAUAAUGGAUGUUAGAAGUAUCCAUUUGAGGAAGUUGUUUCUGUAAUCCAAGAUUUGUAGCAACAACGACCAGAUGACCCGUGAAUUAAGAGUCUUGUGUAGGAGAAAUUUGAAGCGUUGAUUUACAUAGAAUGACACUCUGGUUUUUAUUCUGGUAUAUGGUCUAGGUGUCCCUCAAUUAUAUCGUCAUUUAUUCACAUCUCCCUAGAAUGGUCCUCUGGGUUUUAUCUUGGUAUAUGGUGGAAGUGUGCCUGGACUAUUUGUAAUCUCUUGGGAUAUCGAAUUAUCAAUGAGAAUGAGGUAACAAGUAUGAUAGAUUUUUUAAUUAUAUGCAAGUUUUGUUGGUUAGGUCUUGAUUCCUCCUUUUAAUGCCUUCAGCUGGAGCAUGUGGAGAGAUUCGAUGACAAAUAACAAUGUGAUUUCAUUUGUGCUGCUUAGUACCUCCUGCUUGGCCAGGCCUAGGUGGUCUUACAAGUAGCUAAGCAAGCUAUAUCCCUUGACCUCAGCAAGUUACUUUCCCGGCUAUUACGGAAUGCCUUAGCGACUCCUUUUGAGGGUUCAUUUGGAUUGAUUAUUUUGCCAGCAGUUUCACUUAGGCAGGGGAUUUGGGAACUUAAUUUCAAAUUUAUUGCCUGUUUAAACACAGGAUUUUCAAAUCCCUUUUUAAGGUAUUCAAAGAGGCAGUGGUCCUAAAUAUUAAUUUUCCAGUACUACAACCAACAUCAAUGUCCCAUCCUACCCUUCACUGCAUUAACACCAUGUCUUUGCCAAUGCUGGCAGCACUACUGCUUCUUCCACCAUUUCAUCACCACCACUCCCACCACCGCCACCAGCAGACCAUCACCGGCACUGUCAUCACCACAGCUACCAUGCACAAUCAUUAUGACCACCUUUGCCACCACCAUGCCUCUGCAACCAUGAGUAUUACAUCCAUCACCACUAAAGCCAUGUCCAACACUAUUUAUCGACUAGCAGCAACAUUAUUAUGAUCAGCACCGAUACCUCUGCCACUAUGUCAGUGCCAACGUCGACAAUUAUGCUACCAUUGCCACCACCAAUACUAUCAUCUAUUGUUGUGACUGUCGCUCAUAUGCUGCCACCACACCACCACUACUAUUGUUGCUACCACAAACACCUUUUGCCAUUCCACCCACCUCAACGUACAUAUUGUUACCUCUAAUCAUGCCCCGCCAUUCCCACCACACUACUACACUCUUAGGUGUCAUCAUUACUCCCUGCCAUUAAGAUAUCUUUUUAGGAUUGUUGUUGCCGUGCGUCAUCGUCAUUAUUAUUUGUAGGAUCUUCGGAAUUUUUGAACCAAUCAUAUUCUUAUACUUCUAGCUUUCAUGGGAGAAUGAUAUUGUCACUUUUCAUGAAUCUGAUAGGCAGUAUCGAGUGGGCUGAUCAAUAGUUCACUACUCUCCACCACUCCAUGUGGCUACUGACACAUUUGAUUGUUGGCCCUCUCGAUCUCUAUAUGCAAUGUGGUUAUAGGCCAUCUAUGUUUGGGGAGAGCACAUUAGUCUUUUAAUUGUUUAAUAAAAAAUGCUAGAGAAAUAUUUUUAUGGCCGCACUCGACAUAAAUGGCUACGGUUAGCACAUGCAUUUUUAUCUGCUUUGAGGCUCUUUGAACCGUUUUUUAGCUUAAAUUAGUUAAUUGAGGGUUGUUAGGUACAGCUUAAGAGCACAAGUUGAGUAGAUUAUAAUCCCAUAUGCCUGUAACUUAUAGGCAACCCAGGUGAUGCUUACUUCCAUCAAACUCAUUUCAUCUGAAGCUACUUAAAUAACACCUUCCAUGUCCUUAUGCAUAUUUAAUUGGAUGUUUGAUGUUUUGAUAUGUGUAUAAAUUGUGCCCAAGUAUCAAUGUAGUUUUAGAAAAUUUAUUCAUGGAGUUCUUUUCAAAGAGAACUUUUUUCCAUACCAUUCAUGGGAUUGAAAAGUGAGUGUCCCUUAUCUCUUCUCUUAUUUUUCUUUUGCUAUUAGCUUUUAAAACUAUCAAUAGAUUGGAUAUAUUAAUGGCUGGAUUUAUAUUGGAUUUGCUGAUUGAAUGGAAAUGGUACUGGGAUGAAAUUGGUGAAUAUCUUUUUUUUUUUUU